GGCGCCCCCGGCGCGGGAUGCGCGGGCGGGCAGGCGGCGGUGGCGGCAGCGGCUGCGGCAGCUCCAGGAGCUGGAGGGAAAGGGCCGGGCGGCCGGCGGCCGCCGCGCUCGCCUGACCUGCGUGCCCCUCUGGCCGCGCCGGGCUGCCCCGAAGGAUGUCCGCCCAGUCCAAGGGGACCGCAUCCUCCUCCUCCUCGCCGUCCGAGGGGCCGCCGGCAGCCUCCAAAGCCAAGGUGAAGGAGCAGAUCAAGAUCAUCGUGGAGGAUUUGGAAUUAGUCCUGGGGGACCUGAAAGAUGUCGCCAAGGAACUUAAGGAGGUGGUUGACCAGAUUGACACACUGACAUGUGAUCUGCAGCUGGAGGAUGAGAUGACAGACAGUUCCAAAACAGACACCCUGAACAGCAGCUCCAGCAGCACAACAGCCUCCAGCCUGGAGAAGGUCAAGGUGCGGGGCAGCGCACCCCUCAUCAGGGCCCCUGUGCACCCCUCCGCCAUCCUCACGGUGCUGCGGAAGCCGAACCCGCCCCCUCCUCCCCCUCGACUGACACCUGUCAAGUGUGAUGAGCCUCCCAGGCCGCCUCCUUCAGCCAACCCAGUCAAGACCAAUGGCACCUUGCUGCGAAAUGGGGGCCUGCCCAUCGGGCCCAGCCGCAUCCCAAAUGGAGAUGUGUGCUGUAUACCGAACAGUAGCUUGGAGAAGGUGGUGAUGCAGCCGCUGGUGCACAGAGCUGAGAAGGAGCGGUGUCCCCCUGCGGGGGCGAGGGAGCGCGUACGGUUCAGUGAGAAAGUACAGUACCACGGCUACUGCCCCGACUGUGAUGUUCGGUACAACAUCAAAAACAGGGAGGUGCACUUGCACAGCGAGCCAACCCGGGUUGCAGGAAAGCUGCCGCACCAGUGCCCUCCUCUGCCGCCUCCUCCACCUCCAUUGCCUCCAUUUCUUCUGGAAAAUGGAGGGUUGGGGAUAAGUCCCAGUAAUAGCUUUCCUCCUCCAAGACCUGCAACUGUGCCUCCACAAACUGCACCAAAACCCCAGAAGACCAUCUUGAGGAAAUCAACCACUACAACAGUGUGAAGUAUGCCCCUUGUAAUAACUCUUUUUUUUUCCUAUAUAUAAACGUAAAUAGGUAAUGAGCACUUUCUACUUGAGCAAUAAAAAGACCCAAUGUAUUACACCCUGUGUCCAGUGAAGUGGCAUAAAAAUCACAUGCACCUUCAGGCUUGAAGGAGUAUCUAUAUUUGGAGGCACAUCAAUUAAUUUGCAUAUCAGAUUCAUCAUUGUGACUUCUUGCAGGCCAGAUCUGAGAAGUAACCAGGAAACCUGACCCUUAGUGGAAAAUGGAAGAACCCUUGAAGUCAGAGCACACCUGAGCUCUAGUGUAAUGUGCAUUGAAUCGUCUUUCUCAGAUCUGACAGCUACAAGCUGAGUCCUGGCAAAAGCCACAGCCUUAAAUUCCAUUCAGUGGGAAGGAAGGAUAAGAGAACUCAAUGUUUUGCCCCAUUGCAGAAACUGCUGUCUCCAAGCCUGACACCUGAGUUCUGUGCUGAGCAACCAGAGUACCAAACAAGGAGUUUUUUAUGGUACAGCCAGCAUCAACAAAUAUUUCAAUAUGUAGCCAAAAGGAGAAAGGAAACACUUAGUAAUUUCAGAAAAUGGCUACAUUUGUUGUAAUAGAGGAAUGUUACUGUCUGUGGGGAAGAAGACCUCUGUCAUCCCUUGUAUAUAUUCAAAGCCAUACAGGAACAGGGCAUAAGUGAAGUUAAGCCACUUGACAGGAUGCUGUCUCCUGUCCUCCACCCAACUUUGAGGAAGUUCUGUUCUUAGAGAUUGCAUCUCAAUGCACUUCUAUUAUUUGCACUGUCACUUCCAUUCAGGGUAAUGAUGUGUGCCACCAUUUGCACAGAUGGCCCCAGGAGAUUUUUGACCACAACAAGCUAUACUUGGCCAGGGCUCCAAAUGGAAUUUAAAAGUUAGAAAUGAAGAAAGACAUUUAUGCUCUCUUUCACUAUGGGGAUCUCUUCACAGAAAGGAUUACAGUCCUUUCUUAGGAUGAAAUAAAUACAUGCAUAUACAUACAUAUAUACAUAUGUAUAUAUAUGAAAAAGCAGCAACAUGAUAAGGUGUAUUUAAAAAGGGGAUAUAAUCUUUUUUAAUAGCAUCCAUUUUUUAUCAUAUUAGCAGCCAAGAAAUUUAAUCUAUUGAAUUAUACAUCAAAAAAUGUUCCUGUUGAACAUUGACAUUUAGUCCCAGUUACUGCUAAAGAAGUAAUUUGUAAUAUGUACUUGACAUAAAAUUUUUCUAGCCAUUUGUCUAUACUUCAUGGAAAAAUCUAACAGACAAGCAACAUUUUCAGUUUAUUUUUCUAAAUAAAUGUGUUGUUUGUAUUAUUUGCAGUCACUCAUUUUGGCUGGUUUUCAUUAUCUACAAAAGUGAUUUAAAGACAGAACCAAAACACAGGGAUUGUUUGUUCUUGUUAAGCUGUAAUGAUUUGCUGAAUGAAAACUUUAAUAUAAAUACUGUAAUUUGUAAAAUGAUGAAGUAUAUUUAUAUAGGCAAAUAUGUAUGGAAAACAAAAGGAGGUAUUUUAACUCUUAAUUUCAGAACAUAGUUUAUUUUAAUAUCCACAGGAAGAUAUUAAAUAUAUUAUGGGAUAGGGUUUUUAUUAUCUGAGUUUUAGUAAGUGAAACUUUGGGUGUUUAAGAAUGAAAUGAAUGUAGUCAAAUAAUGGUGGUUUCCCAAAUUAUACAGAGACCUUUUGCCAGCUGUCUCAUUUUACUCGAAAAGUGGGAAAACCCAUUUGUGGGGUUGGGUUUUUCUGGGCUGCAUAUGUGCUAAGGUUUUUGUUUGGUGUUUUGUUUGUUUUGGCAUACUGACAAGACCAUGAAUUUGAUAGUAUUUGCUCAUAAUUUGAAAAGCUACAGAAUAAAAGAUUGUUUCUUAGAACAAUCUACAUUUUGCAGUUAAGAACAGUCAUUCUUAUCCAACUAAUGCAAUGGUUUUUUGUAGUUAUUGAACAUUUCAAUGCUAGAGCUGUUUUGAAUAAAAAUUGUUUUUUCCUUUU